GUAGGAAUUGUGUUGUUUCAGCUCAUUUUAAAUAGGUAGUUUGAACUUAACUCAUUUAUUUGAGUGUACCAUAAUGUUUUGAAUUUGGUAAAAUCCCUUUUCAUAUCAAGAUGAGACAAUAUCACAUCACUAAAUACUUGUUCUCCUCCCACUUACCCAUUUUUUUUUUCAAGUUUUCUUCAUUUUUUGUGUGUGUGCCGCUCUCUUUGAAGAGAGGAAGCAGUGCAAUGUGCAAUCAAACAAUGCUCGACAUUAAAAAACACGCUGUAUAUGGAGAGAGAGAAUGGGGGCGGGGAAUGAAGAUUGUAGCUCCACACCUCUGCCUAUUUCCUUUCACUUAAUUUUUUCUUGUCAUUUGUUGCACACGUUUGUUCUUGUCAGUCACAAGCAAGGUAAGAUCUGAUAAAUCUUGUAUAAAAAAAGCUGGUUAGAAGUCGUGGUGUAGCAUUGAUGUUUUGAUGUUUGACUCUCUUUGGGAAAGACAAUCUUCAAACGCUGUUGAAGCGGAGGAGAAAAGACGAGACGUAGUGUCAUAUUUAUAAAGUAACAAUAAACAUAAGUAAUACUUUAAUAGAUUAAGGUUUGUGGCAGCUAAAUAACUCUACAAUUGUUAAUUUGGUGAAGCAUUUGUUCUUUUUAAAGUCACGUCAUCAUACAGGCCAGAUCAUUGAAUGUAGUCUGCUUACGUGCUGAACCCCUGAAAUAGACGACAAACCUUAUAAUUGCCUUUUUCUAAACUGUUGUGCACCAAAGGUCACUGAUUUGACCUCUGGGCCUGGUUUAAGUUUGAGUGUGUUGAUUCUUUGUUAAGUCAAAUGAUGUUAAAUGUUUGGCACAACCUUCUGCCAGAUGGAAAACCGUCUGCUGAUGAGUCUUACGGCGCUUCUGCUCAUUGAUGCUGGACUAGGAAUUACAGAUCUAAACACAACCAACAACUCUGAAAACAACUCAGCUAAUGUAAGCAAAACAAUACCUACAACACUAAUGGUCCCACAGAUUACAUGUCCGAAAACUGUUGAAAGGAUCACUGAGACAGUAAUGGCCUGGCUGAAAGUAAAAGGAAAGAGUCCGUGUGAGGGUCGGGUGUAUGUCUAUUCCGCUACUCUCGGUGAAAAGCCUUUGUGCUGCUCAAGUCACAAAAGAACCAGCUUGUUGCGUGGACUGUGUAAGGACAUGCGGUGUGGAGACUUGAACUCUGUUACUAACUUUAAUGAAUACAAUUCUGGGAUUGAGCUCACAAGCAAUAUGACGUUGAACAUCACUCAGUGCUCAGGCCUGAGUAUAAGCUGCACAGAUUCGCUUGGAAAUGAGUUGGUCGCUUAUAAAGCAGUAACUGGCAUAUUGAUCUUCAUCCUGGUUUUCAUUUUGAUUCAGUUCAGUCGCCCCACGAUCAAAGUCAUCCGAAAAAGAUUUUCACAGAAGCGUCAGAGUCGCUGGAUCGGGCCGACUCAGAGUCAGAGUGUGUCGUAUCACAGAGGUCAAGGUGGACCAAACAACAACACAGUCAAGAGACAGUCUUAUCCUGGUUUGGAGCGACUGACGGUAAACACCAGCAGAGAGCCUUCGUCCAACAGAAACAGUGACUAUGAUUCAUACAGCUACAACUGAGGAGUGUGAAAAAAAAACUGACCUACAGUCAGCGGUCUUACAAUACGAGACUUUGCUUUAUUUGAGCUGUCAUUCGGCAGAGUGUAAAUAUGUCGGAGAAAUACAUCUGAGAAGUCCAUUUAGGAUCAAGUUAACCCAUCAGAGCGCUUACUUUGUGUUGCUAGCAGGCUUGAUUUUCAUUAUUACUAGAAUAUUUUUAGUAGUUGCUUGAUUUUGACCAGUGUGUUUGUUCAUGUUAUUUUUGAAAUACUCAGAAACAAAAUGGGAUUAUGAUCAAAACCUGUAAAUUGUUAAAAGUAUAUAUAUAUAUAUAUAUAUUUAUAUAAAUGUUUUUUAUUGUUAAAGUUGGAGUAUAAAUCAUAUUAAAUGAACUAAAAAGAAAAA